CUUGACUGAAAUCUUGGAGCUCAUGGUUAUAGCAUAUUCCCAAUUGAAAUUGGCUUAAUUUGUGAGUUAAACAAAAACAUUUUAUACGGACCGCAAUAAAAACAAACACAAGAAGAAAAAAAUAUAUAUUCCAACAAAUUCCUCCCGCCACACAAAACAUCAACAUCUCUGUCUCCCACGCAUUGAGAAGUAGACGAUGAAAUGAGAGUUGCAGCUACCUAAAUCUUGAAGCUGUAAAAUUACAAAGAAAUUGAAGAUGGCUAUGUCCAUUUCCAUGUCUAUUACGUCCACAAAAUCUCUACAAUUACAAUCUUUACCACCUUUCUCUAAUUUAUCUUCUCCAAAGUCUCUCAAUUUCACUUCUCAUCAGUUUCCCUUCCCAAAACCAAUAACAAACACUUCCACUUCUACUACUGGUCUUAUUAUGCGAGCCUCCUCCUCCGAUUACGCCGGGAAUAUCGGUGACGUUCUCGGCGAUGUUACUAUUUUCACCGCCGCUGGUGAGCCCGUCAUGUUUAAAAAUCUUUGGGACCAAAACGAGGGAAUUGCUGUUGUGGCGCUUUUGAGGCACUUUGGAUGCCCUUGCUGUUGGGAGCUUGCUUCAGUAUUGAAAGAAGCUAAAUCAAAAUUUGAUUCAGCUGGUGUUAAACUAAUUGCAAUUGGUGUUGGUGCUCCUAAUAAAGCUCGAAUGCUCGCAGACCGGUUACCAUUUCCAAUGGAUUGCCUGUACGCUGAUCCUAAACGUGAGGCCUACAAUGUCUUGGGAUUAUACUAUGGCUUUGGACGCACAUUCUUCAAUCCAGCUAGUGCUAAAGUGUUCUCUAGAUUUGAUUCUCUUAGACAAGCUGUUAAAAACUACACUAUUGAAGCCACGCCAGAUGAUAGAAGUGGUGUGCUGCAGCAGGGAGGGAUGUUCGUCUUCAAAGGGAAGCAGUUGUUAUAUGCUAGGAAAGAUGAGGGAACAGGUGAUCAUGCUUCCUUGGAUGAUGUCUUUGACGUAUGUUGCAAGGUACCAGUUGCAUGAAGCGUUGGUGAGCAGCACUUCCAAAAUAAAUGGUGGUUUCUUGCUAUGAAGAUAAUAUAUGUUGCUGUGCCUGUGGAUUGAUUAUUUAUAAGCUCCACUUAUCUUGCCUUGGUACCUCUGUGCACAGUGUUCAAAUUGUUCAUAUUGGGAAUCCUCUAUUUAUGUAAAUUAUGGACCAAUAAAACAGGUUUAAAUUAUGCACCAUAAAAUACUGCAGUGAUUAUACUAAAUAAAUAUAAGUACUGGAGGCUUUUAUAUUCA